AUGAUCAAGCCUGGCAGUAAACAUUUCGUGAAGGAGAGCACAUUUCUUUGCAUCCUGCCGGGUUUUCAAAAUAAAAAUAGAGUUGCAAUCUUGGCUGAAUUGGACAAAGAGAAAAGAAAACUUCUCAUGCAGAACCAAUCGUCAACAAAUCAUCCUGGCGCUAGCAUUGCACUCUCGAGACCCUCUCUUAAUAAGGAUUUCCGGGACCAUGCAGAACAGCAGCAUAUUGCAGCCCAGCAGAAAGCAGCUUUGCAGCAUGCUCAUGCACAUUCAUCUGGAUACUUCAUAACUCAAGACUCUGCUUUUGGGAAUCUUAUUCUUCCAGUUUUACCUCGCCUCGACCCAGAAUGA